UUAGAUGUGCAUGAGAAUAGGUUGUCUUUACAAAUUCAUCUAUAUGGAACUCGCGGGGAAAAAUUUAGGUAAGAACCUGCCCAACAGUUUUUUUUCUAAUUGUACUAGAAGGGAUGAAAUCACCAAGUCUAGAACGUAAUCUGUUGCCUGAUCAAGGGUGAAAGGAGAAGCAACUAAACUUCAGAAAUUGGCAUCUGAAUUGACCUUAACCUUUAGUCCUGUCAAAAUUCGGCAAAAUAUUCCCAAAUUAGAUAAGCGAAAAGUAUUCUCUACAGUUGGGUAUUUCAUGCAACGUCUUACUUGGGUUUACUUGAAAAAACUAGUUGGCACUUAUUUCGAACCGUAAAUCCAAAACACAACAAUGGCCAUACACGAGCUUUCUACAAAUGUGCAUGAUCGUACAUGCGCAUUGAAGCCCAUAAUCUACAUGAUUAUGAAGAUAUCAUCUUUCUUAUAUCAUAUGAAAUUGUCUAGCUGCUCCAGCCGUCUUUCUAAUUAUACCAUUUUUAGACCAACGACAUUUUGAAAGAUGUCUUGUCCCGCCUGAGUUUAACUGAAAAGAGUGC